AUGAAGCGCUCCCUGGGUAUCUGUCUGCUGUUCGGCUCCGCUCUGAAUCGAUCGGCUAUCCGCUGUUUCAGCUGUAAGGACUACACGGCCAGCUGCUCCAAACAACGAGAGUGUAGCUAUGACGACGCAUGCCUCACACUCAGCGAGAGAGGGGGGAUGACCUACCGUCAGUGUCUCAAGUAUUCAGACUGUGAGUACGGCCGGCUGGCCCAGAUGUUCCCCCAGGUUUCCAGUUUUACCUUCAAGUGCUGCAACUCCGACCUGUGUAACUCCGCCCCUUUGUCAGCAGCAAGCUCUGUGAUUGGUCUGCUGGCCGCGGCCGCUGUGACGUGGUGGUGCGUCCACUGAUACACCACCACAACAACAACAACAACAGCAACUACAGCAGCUUCGCUAACAGCCAAUCAGAAUCACACAAUGUUACAACUAAUCUCAUCUAGUUCAAGAUGUCGGAUAACAGGGUCAAAACAGACAGACAGGCAGAGAGACAGACAGGCAGGCAAGCAGGCAGACAGACAGAGAGAGAGACAGACAGACAGGCAGAGAGACAGGCAAACAGACAGACAGACAGAGAGAGAGACAUACAGACAGACAGGCAGAAAGACAGACAGACAGGCAGAGAGAGACAUACAGACAGGCAGGCAGACAGACAGACAGGUUGAUUUGGAGAAUGCUGACAGCUCUCUUCAUGGUGGAAACUUUAACAGCUUUAUAUGUUUAUAUUAUUAAAAGAUUUAAUAUCCUUAAAGUCAUGUUUCAUGGAACCAUGGUAACCAUGGUAUCUGUGGGUAUCAGCUGUUUGACAGGAAACAGCGUCUCUAACUACAGACCUUCAAAAUAAAAGAGUCUUUAAUAACUUGUCUGAUUUAAAUCAAUAAAUGGUGACAAACUGGAAACACUC